CAAAAAUGCAUCAUGCAAUUGUUUGGCGAUGGCAAAUCGUAAACAGCUGCAAUCGUUGACCGAUUGUUUUGGUUUAGUUUGCUCCUGUUGAUUACGUUACGGGAAAAGGUUGCAGAAUUGACUCGUUUCCAUUUUUUGUUUAUUAAGUCCGAUAAUGUCCUUCUUUCACUGUUUUGAGUUUGAUGUGCUGGGACAGCCGGUGUCCUUACCAGUGCCAUUGCUCGUGAAUGUGGCCAUAUCGGUUGGGGCGUACUUUGCCGGGCGUAGCCUCAUACCGAAGAUGAAACCGAUGUUUAUCAAUGCGAAUCUGUACGGGAUCGAUAUGAACAAAACGUCCAAACCAAAGAUUCCGGAAGCAUUCGGCGUAGUCACGGGAUGCAUAUUUUUAGUGUCGCUCUUCCUCUUCAUACCGGUGCCUUUUCUGCGGAACUUUUCCACCACCAUCAAGGGUGACUUCCCACACGACAAGUUUGUAGAGUUCAUCGCCGCAAUGCUCUCGAUCUGCUGCAUGAUUCUGCUCGGGUUCGCCGACGAUGUGCUUAAUCUGCGGUGGCGUGAUAAGCUUUACCUACCCACGGUUGCCUCACUGCCACUGCUCAUGGUGUACUACACCAACUUUAACUCCACCACCGUCAUACUGCCAAAACUGGUACGUCCGCUGCUGGGCCAUUCGUUAGACAUCGGCGUGCUGUACUACCUGUUCAUGGGCAUGUUGGCCGUGUUCUGCACGAACGCAAUCAACAUUUUGGCCGGCAUAAAUGGACUCGAAGUGUGCCAAUCGCUCAUCAUCGCCAGCUCGAUCGUGCUGUUCAAUGUGGUGGAAAUACUGAGCGGCCACCACAGUGAUGCGCACGAGUUUUCCCUCUACAUUAUGCUACCCUACAUCGGUGCAACGUUGGCGCUGUGGCGGUACAACCGAUAUCCUUCGCAGGUGUUUGUCGGCGAUACGUUCAACUAUCUGUCCGGCAUGACGUUCGCGGUGGUUGGCAUACUGGGACACUUUAGCAAAACCGUGCUACUGUUCUUCAUCCCGCAGGUGCUCAACUUCCUGUACUCCGUACCGCAGCUCUUCCGCUUUAUUCCCUGCCCACGGCACCGUAUGCCAAAGCAUGACCCGGAGACGGAUCUCCUCCACAUUAGUCACACACAGUUCCGGGUAGAUGAGUUGAACGUGCUGGGCCGGCUCUGUUAUCAGGUGUUCCGGCAUCUGCGGCUCGUACGGUGUGAGAUGGAUCGUGAUGGAAGGACGGUGACGUGUAACAACUUUACGAUUAUCAACUUCUGCAUCCUGCUGACGGGACCGAUACGGGAGGAUCGACUGAAUCGGUUGCUGGUCGCGUUUCAGCUCGUCUGUGCGGUGUUUGCGUUUACGAUCCGGUAUCCGCUGGCACACUACUUUUACGAUACGAACUGAACACGGCAGCGCUCCUCCCUGGCCUGGGGACUGGGGGAUCACUCGAAGAAGGACACCAAAGUUUCUACCACACUCACAAUCGGUGUGUAAACUGUGAAAACGAAUUAUGGGUCUAACGAUAGAAAAAUUAAUUUGUUACAAAAUUUUGAAAGGUAAUAAAACAUGCAUUUAUAAAUCGA